CCUUGUCCCGCCUCUUGCCCUCCCUCCAUCCCUCCCUCCCCUCCGCCUAGCUGGGGGCUGUGGGACCUGGUUCGGAGCCGGAACGCAGUCUGACCGGAGGGGAGCCGAGAUGCAGCCGGCGGCGGUGCAGCUCCUGCGCUUCGGCGGAAGCGGCCUGUUAAGAAGAAACUUCCUGACUUGCCUAUCCUCUUGGAAAACUCCUCGUUUUUUAAAAUCUUCCCAGUCUGAAGCUCUAUAUAACAUAACAAAUAAUGGGGUAGUAUUUGCUCCACUUCAAACAUUUACAGAAGAGGAAAUGAUGAUUAAAAACAUGGUUAAAAAAUUUGCAGAGAAACAGAUUGCUCCUUUCGUGGCAGCAAUGGGAAAUUCACAAAUGGACAAAUCAGUAAUAGAAGGAUUAUUUCAACAAGGGUUGAUGGGUAUUGAAAUUGAAACAAAGUAUGGAGGGACAGGAGCUUCAUUUUUUUCCUCCAUCCUAGCAAUAGAGGAAUUAGCAAAGGUUGAUGCAUCUGUAUCUGUUUUAUGUGACAUCCAGAAUACAUUAAUCAAUACAUUGAUUAGAAAGUGUGGGACAGAAGAACAAAAGGCAACCUACUUAACCAAGCUGGCCAAAGACACAAUAGGAAGUUUUUGCCUUUCUGAGGCUCAGGCUGGCAGUGAUGCAUUUGCUUUAAAGACUAAAGCUGAGAAGAAGGGAGACUAUUACACCAUCAAUGGGUCCAAAAUGUGGAUUAGCAAUGCAGAAUAUGCAGGAGUUUUUCUGGUGAUGGCAAAUGCUAAUCCUAAUAUGGGUUACAGAGGAAUUACAUGUUUCAUAAUAGAUCGUGAUACAGAAGGACUUCAAAUAGGGAAGAAAGAAAACAAAUUAGGAAUCAGAGCAUCUCCUACCAGUUCAUUGUUGUUUGAUAAUGUUAAGGUACCAGAAGCUAAUAUCCUAGGACAGCUUGGCCAAGGGUACAAAUAUGCCAUUGGAAUGCUUAAUGAAGGGAGAAUAGGAAUUGCUGCACAGAUGUUAGGACUGGCACAAGGAUGUUUUGACCACACCAUUCCAUAUCUUAAAGAAAGAAUGCAGUUUGGUGAAAGGAUAUUUUCUUUUCAGGGAAUUCAACAUCAAAUAGCUCAAGUGGCCACGCAGCUCGAGGCGGCAAGAUUGCUGACAUACAAUGCUGCCAGACUUUCAGAAACUGGAAAACCAUUUGUAAAAGAAGCUUCCAUGGCAAAAUAUUUUGCAUCAGAGGUUGCUGGACUGACAACUAGUAAGUGCAUAGAAUGGAUGGGUGGAGUAGGGUAUACCAAAGAUUUUCCAAUGGAAAAAUACUUCAGAGAUUCAAAGAUUGGUACGAUAUAUGAAGGAACAUCAAAUAUCCAGUUAAAUACCAUAGCAAAAUUUUUAGAUCAAGAAUACUGAGGGUCACAAGAACAUGACGACUAUUACUGCAGCCACCUAGGUAAAAUAUAAAUUGAGUGCCUUAUAUGGAAACAGUAGAAUACUUUCAAGAUGGAAUAGUAUUCUGCACUAUUUACCUUCUUUUGGAAUAAAUUAGGUAUCUCUGCCUCUUGUAUGUCAUUAGUGAUUCAAAGCUAGUAACUCCUUCAUGGUGUACAAGUUUCCUUUUUCCUGCCAUCUGGAAAAAUUAAAAUAUUUCUUUUGAGUUAAUUAUUACAAAAAUUGUCAUUUCAACUUCAUUUUUAAAAUCUCCCAUAUUUCUAAUACAGAUCAGAGAAAUUGGUAUCAGUGUAGGUUAUUUGUAUUUAAUACCUUUGCAGAUUCACCAGUGCCUAGUAUAAUGCAUUGCAUAUAUCUAUUUUGCACAUGUUUGUUGAAAUAUUGAAUGUUGGUAAAUUCAGAAUUUGAUAGAAAUUCAUUAAGAAAAGCUAAAACAGUCAUUUUACAUGUCAAAGAAUUUGUGUAGUAUAAUAGUACGUCAGGUAAAGGAAUUGUUUAAUUUGCAUUUAAUUGUUUUAAUUAGACUGUUGAGUUCAUUUCAAAAUUUUAGUCUUAUCAUUUUAGCAGAUUGUUUAAAAAUAAAUUUCAGCAAUUAAAAAAAUAAGUUUCAACAUCACAGUUAAGAAACUUUUAAAAAUAUUUUUUAAAUCAUUUACUUUUGUAAAAUUAAAGAUUUCCAUCAGGCACCGUUUUUUAGUAGUUACAGUAUCUUCUGAAUCUAAAGUGUGUAUUGUUAACCCGAAUUAAUAUAUUGAGCCUUAUUAUGGAAAAAAAUCCAAAAUUGUGUUUUUUUAAAGAAAGCAAAUGUUUUGAAUCAAGUCCAUGGUGAAAUAUGAAUUGUUUUACUAUUUAUUUUGAAAGGAUUAUGAUGCAAAUCAGAGAACUUUGACAUUUGGUAUACAGGUACAUUUUCAAAAUAACUUUUCUAAUGCAAAUAAUAGUUAAGCAUUUGAAAUAUACAAAUACAACCUGAAGGGAGGAACCAUCUUUGACUAAUAGAGUGAGAAAUAAAGAAAAAUUUACAAUGUAGUUCACAAAAGAUAGCAUAAUAAGUUAGUGAUAAAAGUCCCAACAUUCAUUCCUUCAGAGCAAUAAGUCAGAACAACCUGAUAAAGAAGGCAAGAGAUUUAUGAAAUUUCCUAAAGGGAGUUUUUGACAUCUUGAACUUCUUUGAUUUUUGUAAGAGACAAAACUUGCCAAUAUAGGAAUGGGAAGAGCUUAAAGAAUUUCAGCACUACCAGAGAUAAAAUGGCAAACUUGAUCAGUUAUUCAAUAAAGGAGUUCCAUUUUGAGAGUCUAACUCCCAACUCAAUAGCUUUGUCUACUCCUUCAAUAUAUACCUGCAGCCUUUAAAUAUGAAUGCUCUUUGGAAAUCUAGGACACCACAAGAGAACUAUUUAAGAGGAUUUUCUCAUUCUCCUUACCUACGUGACAUUUUUUGGUUAUAGUUGAUGUGUGGAUCUGCUAAUUUUGUUAAUAAAUCAUCAUGAUCAUGUAACUUUUUUUCCAGAAGAGGGAGCACCAAGGGGGCUUUUCAAGGGUGUUGGUUUUUCCUUGCAUCCAGAAAUGUAAGAGGGACUUGCUGCACUUCCAUUGUUCCUUUUUUUCCUUCUUAGCUAUUCAUUUUGGACUUCUGAAGCCCAUAGUGAAUUGAUAGAGGACAGUUCGUUGUCCCCUUCAAACACAAUCAUUGCACUUUAAUUUACCAGUUAAGGUGCUAGAGGAAUCAAAAGAGGGCUGUUAAUAGUGCCAAAGAAUGAUAUACACAAUCAUGUCAGCCCUUGCUGGUCUGGAGAGGAAAGGAUUGAUGCCCAAAAGUAAUGUUUUCAGUCUCCUUAAUCCUCGGAUUGGUGACUUUAGAGAUUUGUUUUAGAAUACAGGAAAUUAAUUGAUGUCAGAACUAUUAUUCUUACCAUUAUGUAGCUUGUGGCAUGUUAUUGGUAUUACAUUGAGCUUAACUGAUAAGGAAUUAAUCUAGUUCCUAUCAGAAGUAGAUAGAUACAAUGUGUAUUUAGCACUUACUAUGUGCCAGACAGCAUGCUAAGUAUUAAGAAUAUGCUAAUUCAGCAUUAUUUUGACUUACAUAUCCUUAUGUUUGCCAAAGCCAUUAGUCAUUGCGGAAAUCUGGGCUACUAGACCUAUGUCAGAAAUGAGUAUUACUAUGUAUUAUCAUGUGGAAAUGUGAUUACAAUAUCUUUUAAUAAAUAUUGGCAUUGAAUUCA